AUGAAACUUCACUUUUUCCCACCACAGUACGCAUCACACGCCAAUUAUUCACCCAUUCACGUCCCCCACCUCCCAUCUCUCCCACCAGCCCCAUUACACAGAGCUCCUAAAGAACCAGGACUUCGGCUGGCUUCGCAGGAACUCAAUGGCGACUUCAAGAAGCCAGGCCUGCCCUUGCCCCCGGCGGUGCGGGGCAAAGCCCCGGCCACCAAUCCUUCAAACCCUGAGGAGGUAAAUAAGGAAAGGACCACGGCGCUGCCGGACUCCGAUUCCGCGGAGCCUGAAGUCCCGCCAGCCCUGCUGUACAGCGGGGAGACUAGGGGUCCAGCGGAGGAGCAGGCGCGGCCCCCCACAGCGGCUCCUUCCCCUGGCGGCCCGGCCCGGGCUCCCCCUUACCGAGAGCCUCCGUGGGGCGGCCCCGCCACGGCCCCCUACAUCCUAGAGACACUGAAGGGCGGCACCAUCCUUGGCACCCGGAGUUUGAAAGGGAUGAGUUGCUGUCUUUUUGGGAGGCUCGCUAGCUGCGACGUGUGCCUGGAGCUUCCUUCGGUGUCUCGCUACCACGCUGUGCUGCAGCACAGGGUGUCCGGUCCCGAGGCAGAAUGCGACGGCCAAGGGCCUGGCUUCUACCUCUACGAUUUGGGAAGCACCCACGGCACUUUUCUUAACAAAACCCACAUCCCCCACCGCACCUAUUGUCGGGUCCACGUCGGGCAUGUUCGCUUUGGAGGCAGCACCCUGCUCUUUCUUUUUCAGGGACCAGAGGAAGACAGAGAGGCAGAAUCUGAGUUGACAGUAACGCAAUUGAAGGAAUUGCGCAAGCAGCAACAAAUGAUGUUGGAGAAGAUGAUUCUGGGAGAAGACUCAGAUGAAGAAGAGGAAACGGAUACAGCUGAAAGAAAGAGAAAUACUAGUAGUCAAGAUGAUGAAAUGGGCUGCACUUGGGGAAUGGGAGAAGAUGCUGUAGAGGAUGAGGCUGAAGAGAACCCCAUUGUCUUAGAGUUUCAGCAGGAAAGAGAGGCCUUUUAUAUGAAGGAUCCAAAAAAGGCUCUCCAAGGUUUUUUUGACUGAGAAGGAGAAGAAUUAGAAUAUGAAUUUGAUGAACAGGGUCAAAGCACUUGGCUUUGCAGGGUAUUACCUGUGGAUGAUUCAACUGGAAAACAGCUAGUGGCUGAGGCUAUUCACUCAGGAAAGGAAAAAGAGGCAAUGAUCCAGUGCUCACUGGAAGCUUGUCGAAUCCUUGAUACUUUGGGAUUGCUGCGGCAGGAGGCAGUAUCUCGGAAAAGGAAAGCCAAGAACUGGGAAGAUGAAGACUUUUAUGAUAGUGAUGAUGACACAUUUCUUGAUCGGACUGGCCUGGUUGCAAAGAAGCGUCUGAACGAGAAGCCAGAGACCUUCGAAUCAUUGGUUGCAAAGUUAAAUGAUGCUGAAAAGAAACUCUCUGAAAUUUCUGAGAGAUUGAAAGCCUCCGGCAAAGCUCUAUCAGAGUCACCAUCUCAGGACUCUUUAGAUGCGUUCAUGUCAGAAAUGAAAUCAGGGAAUGCAUUAGAAUGGUGUGUCUGAAGAAAACUUCACCUGAGAACUUCUGAACUGAGAAAAGAACAACAGAGACUUAAAGGGUUGAUAAAAAUUGUAAAGCCAGCAGAGAUUCCAGAACUAAAAAAAACUGAAAGUCAGGCUACAGAUGGAGAAAACAAAGCUAAAAAGCUUACACUGCCUCUCUUUGGUGCCAUGAAAGGAGGAAGCAAAUUCAAAUUAAGAAGUGGAACAAUAGGGAAGUUACCCCCCAAGUGCCCAGAACUCCCUCCAACUCUAAUGAGAAUGAAGGAUGAGCCUAUAGAAGAGGAGGAGGAGGAGGAGGAGGAGGAAGAGCAAGAGGAGGAAGAGCAAGAGGAGAAAGAAAAGGAGGAGCAUGAAAAGGAGAAAAUGGAGGCGGGAAGCAGUAGGCUACAGCAGGAGAUAGAGCCAGAAGGAGCAGUGCAGGAAGCAGGUCCUCCCACAGAUUUCACAUGUUCUAAAGAAACAAAAAAUCAUGAAAACAUGUCUCAACUCGGCCAAGUGGAACAGAAUAAAGGUUACCAAGAGAUUAGAGAGACAGCUGCAUCGUGUGAGGAACGCUCAGCAUCAAAAAAUGAAUAUGAGAAAAGCAGAGAUGAAUUGAAGAAAAAGCAAGCUCCUGGUCUAGGCAAACUUCCACUGACACUUUCCUCCAACUAUCCAGAAGAUGAUCCAGAUGACUGUGUGUGGGUCCCACCUGAAGGCCAAAGUGGAGAUGGCAGGACCCAUCUUAAUGAUAAGUAUGGCUAUUGAUUGCUUCCGAAUCCUAAAGGAAGACCUUGUGGACCAUGUGACAUGGGAUAUUUAGGGUAAUAUAUCAAGUUGAAUGUCCAGAGAAGGAGUUCAGAUGAUCAUUUGUAAAAUCUGGUGACUGGCCUUUUCUUCUGUGCUCUUGGCUUCCUAAAUUUAUCUACCCAUCUGAUUCUCUUGAAUUUGGUAUUUAUGUUUAAAAGUGUUUGUGUAUGUAUGUAAAAUGGAACCAUAUAUUUUGAGAAUUAGUAAAGUGAGAGACAUGACUCUGUUAAAU